UUUUAUACAAUUUUAUUGUAUAAAAUCCUUGACCUAACCUAUUAAUUAUGUCUUAGUUUUCAAAAAUGCAUUUACGUAGUAAGUUAGUUUUAAAUUGUUGUUCAGAAAUUAUUAAACAGUUUUACUCUACACGUAUUCAAUUGGACCAUUUGACACCGCAUAAAAGACUCAACAUUUUGCGCAAAAUGGCACUUUCAAAGGCAAGAAAAGACCCGGUUAUAAUGAAAUUGGAUUCUCCAGAGUUUAAGUCAAUUUUUAGUGAGGAACUAAACAAGUUAGUUUCUUUUUUUGAAAAAUAUAAUUAUGAAAUUCGAAUAGCAGGUGGAGCAGUGAGGGAUCUCUUGAUGGGCAAAAAACCUUUAGAUCUAGAUUUUGCAACUACCGCUACACCAUCGCAAAUGAAAGAUAUGUUUACUACAGAAAAUGUUCGUCUAAUUAAUAUGAAUGGCGAAAAACAUGGUACUAUUACUCCAAGGAUAAAUGAUAAAGAAAAUUUUGAAGUAACAACGCUACGAAUUGAUGUAGUAACUGAUGGCCGACAUGCAGAAGUGCAAUUUACAACAGACUGGAUGUUAGAUGCCCAUAGGCGUGAUUUAACAAUAAAUUCAAUGUUUUUAGGAAUUGACGGAUCUGUUUAUGAUUAUUUCUUUGGAUAUGAUGACUUAAAAAAUCGUAGAAUAGUUUUUGUUGGCGAUCCAGUUACUAGGAUUCAGGAAGAUUAUUUAAGAAUAUUGCGAUAUUUCAGAUUCUAUGGAAGAAUGGCAAAGGGAGCAAACAAUCAUGACGAAGCAACAUUAAAAGCAAUUCGAGAAAAUGCAUCGGGUCUAGAAUGUGUUUCUGGCGAAAGAAUUUGGACAGAGUUAAAGAAAAUUUUAGAGGGCAAUUAUGCAGGAGAUUUAAUGCUCACUAUUGUAGAAAGUGGUAUAACACCAUACAUAGGUCUACCAAAGGAUAUAAAAACUGACGAACUAAUGAGGGUGUGGAAACGUAGUGGCCAUCUGAAACUUAACGCUAUAACACUAUUAUCUUCUCUGUUAACUAAUCAAGAGGAUGUAUUAGCAAUUAAUGCUAGAUUAAAGUUAUCAGCAUUUGAAAGGGAAUUGGGCCUCUUUGUUGUGACACAUAGGGAACCAAAAUUACAUCCAAAACCCCUAAUGCCCUUUCAGCAACUAGUUUUAAAAGCAAAAUCUAAGCCUUUAGAUACAAAAAAGAUGGCUACCGAAGUAUUAAAAUAUAAUAACUCGCCAUAUUUAGAAGAAUUUGAGCAGUGGGAUAUUCCAAAAUUUCCAAUUAGUGGAAAUAUGUUGAAAGAACAUGGUGUAGAAAGUGGAAGGUUUAUGGGUUUAGUUAUGACUGAACUGAAACAUUAUUGGGCAGAUAAUGAUUUUAACUUGAGCACUGAAGAACUGUUAAAGCAAGUUCCACGAGUAUUAGAAAUAUUAGCAGAAAAAAAGAAGAAAAAAUGAACUGCUAACACAACAAAACUUUAAAUGUAUAAACGUUAAAAAAAUUUUAAAGGAUGGCUUUCAUUAUGUUUUUAUAUUACAAAAUUUAUUUUGUCAUUUGUUAUAUGCAGUACCAAAAUAAAAUCUUUUUUUCU